GUAUGGUGUGGCCCAUCAUCAUGGAUGAUAUCCCGAGACGAGUCAUGGUAUACGUCCAUGUCACCGACAUAGCGGGAGACCCUCAACGGCGCCACAACUCUCUUGGCGAGACCUUUUGCAAGCAGAUCCUAGGCAGAGACUUCCAUGCGGAGCUUCAACCGUCUUGCUACGAUCACGUUCACAUCCCUGCCGAUUUCGAUUCGGAUCAACCGCUAAAGCGAUGGUUUAUCAUCGACCUGAGCGUCAAGCAGCAGCUCACAGCCGAGGCGGUUGCUCAGAUCCCCCACGCGGUUUACAUGGCAAGUCGCCAGAACGGUGAAUUGAUAUUCAUUCGUCGUGAUACCUGGGUAGAUAGCGCCAUAUCUCGAGCCAGGUCGUACACCUGGGGCGGCCGAUUGGAACAAAAGAUAGUAGCUGAAAUGAGAGGAAGAUCGCCCCAAGACCUCUCAAUCUGAAAACACCACACGCUACACCCCACUCGUCGGUUCCUCAAUCACGGAGUCUCGGGUGGUGUCAUCCCUCUACAGACCGGACACUCCUCGUCGUCUUUAUCCUCCUGCCAAUCCCACACAUCGACCCGUUGAUGCGGAGGACAAGUCACCUGGUUCCGAAUGGCCGGUUCGCACCGGGCGAUGUACACGGUUGCCUCGUCGCCACACGCUCCGAAUCGGCCUCGCACGUUGUCGCACAUAUAUAUAUCUUCGCUGCCAGUAUUUCUAGAGAAUCGAGAGUGAACAUGCCUUCACGGGCUUAGGUUUGGUUGUAGACUAUUUACGAGGUUCGCUCUGUCUGUUGUCUAGUCAGACCGACUUCUACUAAUGCUGAAGAUGGAAUAAGCCAUACAAUAUACCUCUGCGGUGGUUGGACUACAGCCUCGCAUGAAGAAAGAACGUUGGAGCGGUACUUCCGGGGUGAUGAUAGGUAGUGUCUUUUAUGCAAUGGAAAAUAGAUUGAAGGAAAUGGCAAGGAUAUUGAGUACUAAUUGCUUACAUCCCUUCAGGCCAUGUUUUUGUGAGGGGUAGAUGGAGAUCCAGCUGCCACGUAGCUUGCAAAUG